AUGGAAUCGCAGACAGAAGCCGACGUGGCGGCAGCGCAUAAUCCCGAGGUCGUCGACCAGGUUACAACGCCGCUGGUGUUGCUGGCGUAUAACGCUCCAGCGGACUACACGCUGUACAAUUUUCAGGACAUGAUAGCCGAGAAAGUCGGGGAGGUAGGGCAGCUGUCUAUCAUCGCGCCGUUCCCCUGGCAGGAUCGCACGUCUUGCCCAUGGAAGAUCAUCUGUAAUGACCGACGUGGCUACGACGCUAUGUUGGCGAUGAAGCACGUGUGGCUGAAGAACGAGUCCGGCGGCGACAGCACGUCGGCGAUCACCUUUGUUGCCGGCGACCUGGACGACAUACCGGACAUACCCUUCAAGGAGGAUGAGCAGCUGCUCAUGUCUGAACACUGCAACGCCAAGUAG